AUGGAGUACGUUUCUGACAAUUUCUCCUGCUACGACCCAUCCAUCGUCGGCUACCGCUAUGUGUCGGUCAGCUGGGGCAUCGUGGUGACGGUCAUCGGCACGGUGGGCAACGUGCUGACCCUGCUGGCCUACGCGGGGGAGACCAAGCUGCAGACCCGCUUCAACGUGCUGAUCGUCAACUUGACGUUGGCUGACAUUCUCUACUGCACCUUCCUGCAGCCCUUCUCGGUCGACUCCUACCUUCACCUCCACUGGCGGGCUGGCGCCGACUUUUGCCGCGUCUUUGGGAUGUUGCUCUUUGUUUCCAACUCGGUCUCCAUCCUGACCCUUUGCCUCAUCGCAGUCAGCCGAUACCUACUCAUCGCCAACACGGCCCUCUUUGACCGGGUCUUCUCCCGCCUCGGAGUGAUGCUCAUCAGCCUGAUCACCUGGGUCAUUGGCUUUGCCAGCUUUGCGCCAUUGUGGCCCGUCUAUGUGCUGGUGCCCAAGGUCUGCACCUGUAGCUUCCACCGCCUCCGCGGCCGGCCCUACACCACCAUCCUCAUGGCCUUCUACUUCGUGGUCGGCCUCAGCUGCGUGGGCAUCUUCUACUUCCUCAUCCAUCGCAAAGUCAAGGGGGCUGCCCGGGUCAUGGAUCAAUACAAGCUGAAGAAAGCCAGCCUGAAGGGGGUCCAUGUGGCCGGAACCAGCUCAGCGACACCAGGGCAUUACCAAGAACUGGACAGUGGGGUCGAUAGCGCGGGGCCUUCCCAGCAGUGCUCUGAGGAGCUACCCUCGGAGCCGACUUCCAAAACCUCUGUUCCUUCAGCUCCUGAGAAAGAUGGGACCCCUCCCGCGCCUCCGCCUGCCGUCCCGCUGAAGAAAGCCGCCGCUUGCCAGCCGAAGGACAGCAACACGGAAUUCCGCCGGGUGACCCGCAUGUGCUUCGUGGUCUUCAUCUUCUUUGUCGUGUGCUACAUCCCCUUCAUGCUUCUCAACAUCUUCGACGGCAAAAACCGGGCCCCGACCGUCCUGCACAUGAUCGCUGCCAACCUCACGUGGCUCAACAGCUGCAUCAAUCCGGUGCUUUAUGCGGCAAUGAACCGCCAGUUCCGGGACGCCUACAGGGGCGUGUUUGACAACUUCGCACGGAAGUUUUGCUGGUGCCGUUAG